UUUCUGUGAACUGUGGCAAACAAGUUGCAAUUUGAGCUGCAGAAAGGAGCUGCCGCUGAUCGGUAGGCAAAAACUAUUUUUAAGCAGCGAGCUGGAGAGAAAUAGGAAUAUGCGCAAAGAGAUAAUUAUAGCGCACACGGACUGCGGGUUAUUUUUCUUCCGUUAACUUUCUCGCACCACCCACCGAGGCGCAAAAACAACAACGGCUCUCUGCAUGCAUCUGAUCGACGUUUGGCAAACAGAUGUGACAAGAGGGCCCGAGUCCAACAAAAGAGUUUCCCUGCAAAACAUUUUGAUGAUCUGUGCAACAUCCACUCUCGUAUUUGCCAACAUCGCAAGCCAUGUACCAAGUAGUACCAGGAGGAGCGGGGGGCACAAUUACAGAUGUUAUCCCCAAGCAGAAACACAGCAAGGACACUCGACCCUUAGUUGGAGCUGGAGUAAUCGGCCUGGUGCUGGUGAUUGCAGCUGUGACUGCAUGGUGUUAUUACAUAGCCUCUCUACGCAAAGCUGAGCUGCUUAAGACGCAGCUGCUGGAUCUGAAUAAAGAUGGCUACAUUAUCCGCAACCAGGGAGGAUCUAUUGUUUUCAGAAUGGAUUUCAGAUCGGGGACCCUUGAUUUGGAUUCCUGCUCCAAAGAAGGGGAGAUUUUAAGCUGUGGACACACCACUGAUAGAAAACUAAACUUCUUCAUUGAGACAGUGCGACCCAAGGACACUGUGCAGUGCUACCGUGUGCGCUGGGAGGAACUGGUUCCUGACAUUCCUGUUGAGCAUGCCAUGACUUACAAGUUUGCUCACUGGUAUGGCGGUGCUGUGUCAGCAAUUCAGCACUGGCCUAUUUCUAUUUCUGGCCAGCAGGCUCCCAAACCGUUUGUUACGAGUGAUAUCUACUCAAACCGCAAUGAAUUUGGUGGAAUUUUGGAGAGUUACUGGCUUUCAUCCAAUGCUACUGCCAUCAAGAUCAAUAAUUCCGUGCCCUUCCACUUGGGCUGGAACGACACAGAGAAGACCAUGUCCUUCCAGGCACGAUACAGUGAUAGUCCCUUCAAGCCAAACCCAGGAGAGGCACCAUGUGCAGAACUUAGCUACAGAGUUUGUGUGGGCUUAGACGUGACAUCCAUACACAAGUACAUGGUUCGUAGAUACUUCAACAAACCAAACAAAGUGCCUGCCAAAGUUAUGUUCCGUCAUCCAAUUUGGUCGACUUGGGCAUUACAUAAAACUGACAUUGACCAAGAGAAGGUCUUGGCUUAUGCCUCCAACAUCCGCAAACAUAAUUUUAACUGUAGCCACCUGGAACUAGACGACAGAUACACCAGCCGCUACGGGGAAUUUGAGUUUGACAGCAUAAAAUUCCCAAAUGCGUCGGCCAUGUUCCAAAAGCUCAAAUCAGAUGGAUUUCUGGUGUCUCUCUGGAUUCAUCCUUUUGUUAACUAUGAUUCAGAAAACUUCCAUACCUGUGUACAGAGGGGUUUAUUCGUCCGAGAGCCCACAGGUCGACUGCCGGCCUUGGUACGUUGGUGGAAUGGCAUCGGUGGCAUUUUGGACUUCACAAACCCAGAAGCCCGGGACUGGUUUUCCUCUCAGCUACGUUCACUGCGCUCCAGAUAUGGGGUGUCCUCUUUUAAAUUUGAUGCAGGGGAAACCAAUUACUUACCUUGGAAAUUUAGUACUCGGACUCCCAUUCGGGACCCAAGUUUUUUCACAAGACGUUACACGGAGAUGGCUAUUCCCUACAAUGAUCGAGCUGAGCUGCGCAGUGGUUAUCAGUCUCAGAACAUAUCCUGCUUCUUCAGACCAAUUGACAGAGACUCUGUGUGGGGCUAUGAGUUGGGUCUCAAAUCUCUAAUUCCCACAGUGCUCACCAUCAGCAUUCUGGGCUACCAGUUCAUUCUACCAGACAUGAUCGGAGGGAAUGCCUAUUUGAACCGCACUGAUGGAAACCGUGUAUUACCUGAUCGAGAACUCUAUAUCCGCUGGUUGGAGCUGUCAGCCUUCAUGCCUUCCAUGCAGUUUUCUAUUCCACCAUGGGAAUACGACAACGAGGUUGUUGAAAUUGCUCGGAAAUACACAGCCCUCCACGAAAGUAUUGUGGCGCCACGGGUCCUAGAGCUGGCUGGCGAGGUGCUGGACACCGGAGACCCAAUCAUACGUCCCCUGUGGUGGAUUGCCACAGGUGAUGAGACGGCCUAUAAAAUCGACUCCCAGUUCCUGAUUGGGGAUGACCUCAUGGUAGCCCCAGUUUUAGAGCCUGGAAAGCAAGAGCGUGACAUCUACCUCCCUGCUGGCCGAUGGAGGAGCUACAAGGGGGAGAGAUUUGAUAUCAAGGAGCCACUGCAUCUCACAGACUAUCCUGUGGACUUGGAUGAAAUAGCCUACUUUGUUUGGGUGUAGCAAGAAGGAAAUGACAGAACUGAUCAGCCUAUGCUCAGAUUUGCUUGUGAAGCAAAUGUCACAAGUUUAUCUUUUGUGGUUGAUGGGAGAGACGUUGUAAUGAAAAGGUUCAUAUUGCAACAGCUUUGCUGCAACAAAAUAUAUAAUUUUUUAAACUACAUUUAAAUUUUAACACCACAUUACUUAACAAAUAUGGAUCUGUGUUACUCAAAAACGCUCAAAACCUCGUCUUAAUUUUUCAUUUCAUUUUUCAAUUUCAUUUACACAAAUGAAUGUAACAUCGUCUUUGGCAUUUUGCGCUUUAAUAAAAGAUAUCUAAGGCUCCUUUAAAAUAAGGCUGCUUAAUAAGCUACUUGCUAUAUCAGUAAGGCUGAGUGUGUCCUAACGGUAUGUUUUAAAGCUAAUCAUUGAAGCAUUUUUUAUUUGUUAAAAUUUUAAAAUAAUUGUAUGUGUCAGAAAUUACUCAGUAUUGCUUUAAAAGUCGUACGAGUUGUGCAUUUGACACAUUUGUUAAAAAGGGAAUAUACAAACUGUGAAUUGAAUGAGGCAUAAUUGCCACUUUAUGCCAUAAAGCUGUUGUAUCUUUGAGUCUCACAGCACUUUGAAAUUCAGCUUAAGCCAAACAGACUGUCGUGGGAGGACAAGUGAGGGCAUGUCAUUCUUGUCAUUUAGCAGAUUGUACGCUACAUAAUAACUGGAGAAAUCCUACUUUCCUGUGACAUUAAUGACUUUUCAGAAAGUUUUUAUGCUUCACUUAUCAGGAUGACUGCUUGAGGUUUAAUCAUUACAAACUGCACAUGCACUCGUUCGUGUAACACGGUGUCAUGUAACUACUCUUUGCCCAAAACAAGGUGCCUUUUAUUAGGCUCUAAAUAUUUUAUGCCCUUCCUCAGGUAACUGUUUUCUCAGGCUGGAGUGUGUUUGAAGUGUCUGGUAGCUAUUUUAAGGCGCUUUGCUGAUUCUGAAUGUAGAAUAACAACAAAUACUACAAUGUCUAACACAGUGAUUACCACAUCCAAAAUAAUGAGAAUUUCUGUAGUAUUUAAAAAAAAAAAAAAAGAAGUUAAUUUCAGAAACAUGAUACCAUAAGUGAUAAGUGCUACUUUAUGUUUGUCGUGUGCAUUGUCAACUUACCAUCAUGUACUUGUCCCUUUAAAAGGUACGGCUUUUUGUUAAUGUGAAUAUUUUAACUGCAGUGACGUCUCUAAGAGCCAUUUGCUAAUAACAACUGCCACGUAUUGUGUUUGAUGUAUUUAUGCUUUUUUUUUUUAUUAUUAUUAUUAUUGUUAGUGAAUAUUAUCGAAGCGUUUUGGCGAGAUGACUCUACGGGGUCAGUGGGUUGUACCGCAAAUGCUGCAGGACACGAUAUCCUGUGUUCUUCAGACAUGCUAUUUUCCUUGAAAUCUCCACUAUGUUUUUUUUUUCUUUUUCUUCACAGUUCUACAUCAAAGUAUAUCACAUAAAAUCAUGUAUCUUAUUAUCCAGAGAUGAAACAGUUAUUGAUCUUUUCAUAGGGGUAGAGCAGCAAGCAUCUUCCACUGACUGGCACCCCACAAAGUAUAUCCAAGAAGCCAAGAAUAAUAUUAGUAUCAUGGGUCAACUUCAUUUGUGUUACAAGUUUUAGAGCAGAUUUUUACAAAAUAUUUUUGACAAGAUUAAAAAGAUUCUGAAUCUUUCAUAAAAAUGAAUAAAUGCAUAAAUUAUUAGGUUUAAUGGUGUCCGUCUUUGACCUUCGUGGUUCUCGUGAUAGCUCUUCUACAAACUGAUGGGUUUUGAAGCUGCACUGACAAAGAUUGUGUGUCUUUUGAAAUGAGGCUAAAACAAUGUCCAUGUGCUUGUUGUGCAAUUGCGCCCAUUUACAAUAUAUUUUCUGUUUCCUGCUUAUGAUCCAUCAUUCAGCCGCAUGCUGACUUGUGCCUUGACAUGGGGCUUCUCUGUUGACCUCAGUGUGUUUUGUUUGGGCCUUUUGACACAGUUGCAUCACAGCUACACUAUUUAUAGCAGUCCUCACUUAGCAUCUGGGCCAGGCCAAUCUCUGAGGCUAUUUCUGUCUCAGACGGUCUUGCUUUAUGACAAGACUGAGAGGCUGUAUCUUGGACUAAAGGCUUUUUUUUUUUUGCUUCUGGCUUUUUUGACCCAGUGUGUGCAGUUUGUUGUUGUAACUGAUAAUUGGCAUCAUUUGCAUGUGACUAAGAGACUUCAUUAAUUUCAAAGUGAAUAUUUGAUGUCACUUUGUAUGAAUGUAUUAAAAGAAAUCAAGCUUGACUUUUGUUCGCUUGCGAGCAUUUUUGUGAUGCUUAAUUUGCAUGGAUCAAACAAUAAUCUUUGUCUGAAAGUAAACAUUUAAUUGCUACAUUUGCCACCUUGACUAACAUUGCCAAACAACUGGUGUUAAAUCCUCUAAGAAUGCUAAAAGUGUGACUGUAUGUCAGAAUAUGCGUUUGACACGCACUAAAAAAUAAAGUAAAACAACUAAAUACAAGAAUACAAGAUAAAUGGGUGGGAAAUUUAGGUCAGUAAGCUGAUCAUGCAAUCAGUGGGCCAGUAACAACCUAUAACCUUUUAUGAGUCGGCAAUAUAUGAAAACUAAUGUGCCAAUCAGUUCAGUAUCGAAAGAGACACCCUUGAGGGACUUCUUCAACUUUUUGAUGCCUGGCUCAUCAUGGGGCAAUAAUGACAAGGUGAUGAAACAAUUGUGCAGGUUAUUUGGAGGCUGUGUUCGGAUCAAUAAAUCAUCUGGUGGUUCAUGGUGUGAGGCCAGAGAGCAAGUGAUAUAAAAGUGUAUGACUAGACAUCAAGAAUAAGAAAGAUAAACUUGCUACAGUUAGAGAUAGUAGCAAGAAUAUUUAUUACAAUUACAGCAUUAAACAUGGUUGCUCUUUCUGAGUUCAAACACUCUGGCAUCUCCAUCCCUCGUAGCCAUAGUCGAUCUUUCAUAUGUUUGGGGAAUUUAUUCCAUUUCACAACAGCGGGAUAUGCUUCUGAACUACUUCACUUUAUUUGCCAAUGUCUCAUCUGUCUUCAAAAUUGAUCUGGACUUGCAGCCUGUGCGGGGAGGACAUACAUUCAUUGAUUAGCUGUCUGUGUGUUGCUUGGAUCAAUAUUAUUUGUCGGUGUGCUUUCUGCAAUCAUAUUGUUUGGUUCUGCCCAUCUUUUCAUAGACUGAACAAAUAAUUUAUGUAAGAUCUGUAGGAGCUUUAGUGUAUGAUCUGGGAGAUUUCUGGGAGAAGGACUGAAAAAGAGAGAGAAGGAUGAUUACAUGUCAAAACAACAGUGGCUUGAUAAACUAUAUACUCCAGCAUACGGAAGCAUACCUUUUACUAUUUCCUCAACAAUAUUAAUUUGUUCUGUUAAAUAAAAGAACAAUCUACUUAUUUACCUGCUGUUUAUAGCAACAGGACUAGUGUUUCACUUACGUAAAAGGUCAGAGCAUGAAAAAAUAAAAUAAAUCACAGGUUCAUACUUCAAACAGCUGAUAUUCAAAUCUUCCAAGAUAUUAAAAAUUAAACAAUGACGUGCGAAAUCUGUGGUUUGUUCAGGCCAUGUGGUGCUGCAGCCGCCCAGAAGGGUGCAGUGUAGCUUCAUUGAUGAGUUCUUUUGCUGACAUGUCAGUGGACCACGGUCCAGAUGUUGCACACACACACACACACACACACAACAAGCAGGACACAAAAUUGGCAGAGCGCUUCCCCCCCCUUCCUUCUCCACCUGUGAGCCCACCUGUGUGUCCAUCUGCAGAGGAGAGACACCAGUUGUUCUGAUUAGGAGCCAGUGUGUCUCAAGUACCUUCCUAUAUCCUCAAUGAGAAACUUCAGUGAGGCUGACUGCUGUCUGUCCCACACAGUAAGACGGACACACACACACACACACAUAUAUAUAUAUUUAUUUAUAUAGAGAGUGGUGCUCCGAACAACAAACUCAGAAAAGAAAAGAAAUAAUUAUUGAAAGAUGGUUAAAAAAAAACAAAAAAACAGAUGACUUACUUUGGUUAAUAUCCCCAGCUGUUAGGAAAAUCUGGCGACACUGACAUUAUGUCAAAAAUAUGUAAAAUCCAAACAGAGCAAAUGGCCAUUCUGUUUUCUGCAAUGUGUAUUUUUGUUGUAAUGUUUUUUUUUUUUUCUUGUGCAGCAAAAUUCAGUUAGACUUGUACUAACAAUUGCCCCAAAUAAGCAAAUUAAUUAAACAUAUAUACAUAAUUUACGGAAAAAGCUGAUUUCUGAACAAGAUCCUCUGCUCGCUGAAACAAAUGUAGACGAACGUACUUUAUUAGAAUUGCUAGAUCACCCAUAGAAGCCGAACUGAAGGGGUGACAAACAAUGACGAAUAAGCUUCACUUUUAUUAAAAAAAAAAAAAAAAAAAAAAGCUUUCUGGCUCCUUGGAGCUAAAUGUGGAAUGAGCAUUUAUUGUAGAUGACCACAGGGGAAAUAAAACCUCAUGGCCAUCUCUUGUGUGAAGUGAGAAUCUUUGUCCUUAACCCAAGAUUUUCACUCCGUAACUAGAAUGACCUCGCAUCUGGUGUUGCCACGGCUUGUCUGACAGGAAUAUGUCUGUCCUCGCUAGGUAACAAAUGAACCCAACACCCCAGAGAAUGAUCCCGCAUCUGUUUAUCUUUUUCGCCUGUCUGUUCGGUGCGCUGCAUCAGGCUGACACUCUUCUGCAGCCUUUGUGGAUUUCAGAGCAGGCCAUUUGUUAAAGUUGGGACUGGGUUGGAUAGUAUAGUACAGUGUGUAUCUGUCUUAAUAACUUUAAUAAAUUAAUAUCCUUGGUAGUA